GCACGCAGGGAUGGCGGAUCACAUGACGCACGCCACAGGAGAGACGACUCUGGUGACCUGACAACCACCGGCCUGCGCUGAACGAGCAGCGGACUUUGCGUCUUCACUCGUGGGGGGACCCGUGAAUGGACUUGUGAGCGCUGUGUGUGAGGCCGGGCCGUCCGUCAGGAGAGAGAGAGCCGCCGCGAGCCCGUCAUGUCGGAACUGAACAGCGUCUCUCUGCAGCAGAUGCUGGACAGGAGUUGCUGGGUGUGUUUUGCUACAGAUGAAGAUGACAGAACCGCUGAGUGGGUCAGGCCGUGCCGGUGCAGAGGGUCUACAAAGUGGGUACAUCAGUCGUGUCUCCAGCGGUGGGUCGAUGAGAAACAGAGGGGAAACAGCACUGCCAGAGUCGCCUGCCCUCAGUGUAAUGCUGAAUAUUUGAUAGAAUUCCCGAACCUAGGUCCGGUUGUAUAUAUGUUGGAUCUUGCAGACAGAUUGAUAUCCAAAGCUUGUCCAUUUGCUGCUGCUGGAAUAAUGGUGGGUUCCAUCUAUUGGACUGCUGUCACAUACGGAGCAGUGACCGUCAUGCAGGUUGUUGGCCACAAGGAAGGCCUAGAUGUUAUGGAGCGCGCCGAUCCCCUGUUCCUUCUGAUUGGCCUUCCCACCAUCCCUGUUAUGUUGAUCCUUGGCAAAAUGAUCCGCUGGGAAGAUUACGUGCUCAGACUCUGGCGCAAAUACUCCAACAAAUUGCAGAUACUUAACAGCAUAUUUCCAGGAAUUGGAUGUCCAGUUCCUCGGGUGCCCGCUGAAGCCAACCCUCUAGCAGAUCACGUCUCUGCUACCCGCAUACUGUGUGGAGCGCUAGUCUUUCCCACCAUUGCCACAAUAGUUGGCAAACUGAUGUUCAGCAGUGUUAAUUCGAACCUGCAAAGGACAAUUUUGGGUGGUAUUGCUUUUGUUGCCAUUAAAGGAGCUUUCAAGGUGUAUUUCAAACAGCAACAGUACUUGCGUCAGGCCCAUCGGAAGAUUCUGAACAACCCCGAGCCAGAGGAAGUAUAAAGCUUGUAAACCUUUGUGUCAUAAAAACAUCAUCCGAAAUCUUCUGCUGUGUCAUAGUGUCUCCUCGCCAUCGCACAGUCCUGGGAUUUUGCCACAAGCUGCUGCAACCCUUGAGUUUUUUCCCUACAGUACACAAUAAAGCACUUUUGUAUGGUAGGAUAAGUACAUUCAAGAACCUCUGGACAGCAGGACAUGGCUGUACGCUGCUCUAGACGAUCCUGUUAUCGUGUCGUUUGACCCAUUUAAUUUUGCAUCUCACAUGCUGGGGUUAUAAACCCAUUACUAUAUUGUGUGCAGAACCAUAGAACGUCCUAGCUAUGGAAGAAAAAACUGAAGUUUGUGGUUGCCAUUUUACAUAUUUUGCGCCACUCUCACAGCGGCUUGACCAUAGGAAAUAAAGAGGGAUUUUAUUUGAUUUUGCGGCCAAAUGAUGUUUCUGAUCUUCCCUCAGGAUGGACCGUGGCCCUGGUGCAGUAAUACCAGUGUCAUCCUAAAAUCACACACAGCCCUUCUUACGAUCAUGACUUGAGCUUAAUUUCAAUGGACACUGAAACCAAAAGCGGAAAGGUCCAAACCCCGGUGAUCUCCUGUCUCAAGGAAUGGGUUCUGCUAUGUUAUGUACUGUGCAGGACUUCUUGCAUCUUCAUCGUUCUGCUGCAUGGUUUUUCUCAGUAACACUGUCGUAAAUACAUGGACAGGCUUGACCAUUGUUGUGGUGGUCUGGCCAUCGAUUAUUUUCUAAACUGUAUUUGCAUUCUCCAUAAUGUGUAAGCUUGUGUUAGGCUUAGGUUGGCUCCUAGCAACCACCAUUUAUUUUGAUUAUUAUUAUAGGCCCUUCACUAGGAGGUCCUUCCAACACACAUCAAUCCAUUUUAACCUGGUCCUCUCUGCAUACCUUCUCUGUCAGGUCCUUGUAAUGGCUUUGACCCACACCAACCCGGGUCAUCAGAUUCUUCACGCCACGGUGUGAUAGACCAGUGUCUUGCUAUAGUUUCCCCACUCUGAGAUUGGUUUUUGGAUAUCCCAUAGUGUUGUCCCCAGUGAAUUUUUCCUGUAGAAUUCAUUGGGAAACACAGGUCCCUUCCUCAGGAGCAGAGAAACAUUUUUCACCGUACAAGAAUCUAGUCUUCUAAUAAGUAGUUUCGGUUUACUUCUAGACAUGGCCCCACAUUUAAGAUUGGCUUUUUUUUUUUUUUAUAUGCAAGUCUUAAAUAAAAGUACUUUGAGAUUAAGUUGCAGGAAAGUUAUUGAAAGGUACACACCUUUUAAUGAUUUUUGUGCAUCUGCAAUGAGCAGGCGUAGAUUUGUGCUAAAAUUUGCAUCAUUUUUCAGGCUGUGGAAUUUAUAAAUCCUUGUCAGAAAAUGUUGUGUUCACCUAUAUAAUUCACUUCUCUUGUACUGAUGGUGAGAGACAGCCCGUGUUAUAAUCCAGAGCUGCUUUCACAAAUCUUCUGGUUGCUAUUGAAAACAGUCGACAGUCAUGUCGACAGACACACACCCUAGCGGCUCAUUUAACUCUGUCCUUCUUAUAUCACUGGUAUAAAGACCACAGUUACUCUAGUGCAAAUUAGCAGACGCUGAGUAAGCAGGACAUCAGAAACCUCUGGCACUUCAGCUGUUGUAAGACUACAACUCCCAGCAUGCUCCAUUCACUUCUACAGGAGUUCCGAGAACAGCUAAACAAGCGUGCAUGUUGGGAGUUGUAGUUUCACCACAGCUGUGGUGCUGGAGGUAGCUGAUCCUUGUCCUAGGAGAUUUCAGCUUAGAAUUCUGCAGAACUAUGAAUUCAGCUCUGAGCUGUAACAAGUAAGGUGAAGACCUUUAAAAAGGACACAUCCCGGCUUAAGCCCAUGAAUAGACUUCUGCUGUGAUUUGGAACAUGUCACACAAUAACAUACGUGUACUCGCUGCAUUCAUCAGUGUGGCCAGGACCAGCUCACACAUGCUAGACUUAACAUGGGGCAUGUAGACCUACUAGAAUCGGUCAGUCAACCAAGACUACUUUUAUGCUAUUAUGGAAAAUGAUGUUCUAGUUUUGAGCUAAACAGUGAAUAUUUUGUGCUGCUUUUUUAGGUUAUUUUUAGUGAUGCAGGCUACAAGGAAACAAUGUGAAGAAACCACUUAACUCAAUGUGAACCUCAACUUUUUGCAAUCUAUGUAUAACCUGUCUUUGCACAGUGCUCUCCAGCCUGUGGUCCUCAAUCUGCGGCGGUCAGGAUGUGCUAAGUGCAGUGGUUUUGGAACAUUUUGGGGGCCACAGGUUGAUACCGCUGUCUUACUAGUUCGGCUGUCUCCUUUGGUCUGGAGAGCUGGCAACAGAAAAAUGUAAGCAUCAAGGUAAAUGGCUAUAGUGCUUGCUUGAUAGGCCCAUCUGCUAGCAGGAGUUAUUGUGUCCCUGUGGGGGGCGCUGUGACCACCUGCUCUGAGCCCCAUGCAGCUAUGUACAAUAUAAUAAAAGGACUGUCCACAAAAAAGGAGUCACUGUAUAAUGGUAAUGUGCAGAUUUAUAUUUCUUCUCCUAAAAUCAUACACAGCGGUGGGUUUGCCAAGAGAAAAAGGGCGGAUACACAAUUGCAGCUAAUUUACUUGCAGUGAUUAGGUUAGUAUGAUGUAUACUUCUGACAUAAAAGUAAAAUUGCUUUCACAUCUUUAAAAGUACAGAGUUCUUUUAAAACCCAGUGAUAUUCAGAUUUUUCUUCUCUAUAAACAACGCCCCUCUAUGGACUGUCUGGUAUUGUAGCUCAGUGCCCGUGGACCAGAGUUUAAUCCUAUAGAGACGCACACAAUUUAUUUAUUUUUUUCCAUGUCCUUUUUUGCGGGCCAUAUGCGGAACCAUUCACUUCAAUGGGUCCACAAAAAAACGGAAAUGACUGUGUGCUUUCAGUUUCCAUAUGUCUGGAUGGCC